CGGCGGGGGCGGUGAGGGGGGAGUUUCGGUGCUGGCGCUGCUUUUUGUCACAAAGUUUUGAAGAUGGUGCAGCAACUGUCCAAACCCGGAGCGAAGGAGGCCCCUCUGCUGAAAGCCGGCCACCCUCCAGCAGUGAAGGCUGGAGGUAAACGGGUGGCCAAGAAGAGCUUGGAAGAAGGUGCCACCCAUGGGACUCCUGAGAAGGAGACCAAGAGGUCUGAGAAAUUGAGGUCCCUCGCCACCUCCAGCAGGAUGCAACAAGUCGGCAUACUUCUGGGAGGAACCCUUGACAAGCUGAGCCAUGACUUUCCGGAGACACCAGUGAGUGUGAGGCACAGCAAGGUGCGCCCUGCAGUGGAGAAGCCCCACUCACCCCGGACCUUUUUCAUUCAGCAGCCGAGAAAGUAUUGAACAACACGUGUCUUGUAGAGUGCCCCAGAGGGAUCCAUGUUAAGUCAACUGUGAAAGACAAACACGAAGCGUUUAGACACACAUGGGGUUCUGACAGGUUGUCUGUGAAAUGCUGAUGGAAAGGAAGCUUUCAUCAAGCCGUGUAUUUACUGAGUAGAAAAAAUGAGCUUUUUCAAGCUGCACUUGUUUGGGAUAAUAUUAUAAACCAAUUCUGUAGUUGUAUUUUCUAGCUGAUGGAAUGACAGAUGGCAUUUUUUGAUAUCAGUAUGUUUAAAGAGGAUUUGGGGGUUGUAAGUGAGGCUUUUGAGACUACUUGUUUUUUUUGUUGUAUUUUUUUGUAUUUUUCUUUUUUUUUUUUUUGUCAGUACAAUAUUCACUCUGUAUUGCUUGGCACUUAUUAGCUUUAAUAAAAAGAAGAAAAUUGCACUGCA